CUUUUCUUCUUUUCUGCAACACUUUUUAUACUAUGACAGGAUACCAAGCAUUUCCAGUACUAAACCAGCAAUUUAUAGUUGACAAAAAAUAUCAGUUUAUUCGUGAAAUGGGCCAAGGUGCCUAUGGUGUUGUCUGCGCUGCAAAAGAUACCGAGACAGGAGACCAAGUUGCUAUUAAAAAAGUUUGCCGUAUCUUUGAAAAGACAAUUCUAGCUAAAAGAGCCUUGCGUGAAGUAAAACUAUUGAAAUUCUUUAAUGGACACGAAAAUAUUACUUCUGUUUUAGACAUGGAUAUCGUAAAUCUGCAAGACUUUAAUGAACUUUAUCUUGUGCAAGAACUUAUGGAAGCAGAUCUUCAUCAGAUCAUAAGAUCAGGUCAACCUUUAACAGAUGCACACUUUCAAUACUUUGUCUAUCAAGUCUGUCGAGGACUCAAGUAUAUUCACAGUGCAAAUGUGCUGCAUAGAGAUUUAAAGCCAGGAAACUUGCUGGUCAAUGCUGACUGUGAACUAAAAAUUUGUGAUUUUGGGCUGGCUCGUGGUUAUUCCGAGAAUCCUGAUCAUAACGUAGGCUUCAUGACAGAAUAUGUAGCUACAAGAUGGUAUCGAGCACCCGAGAUUAUGCUUAGUUUUCAGAAUUAUACCAAAGCAAGUACGUAUUCCAUUGUUUGUGCAGUUCAUUCAUUUAGUAUAGUUGAUAUGUGGUCUGUUGGUUGUAUUUUUGCCGAAAUGCUUGGCGGAAGACCUUUGUUUAAGGGUAGAGACUAUGUUGAUCAAUUAAACCAAAUCCUUGGUAUUCUUGGUACUCCCGAUGAAGAGACGUUGGUCCGAGUGGGCAGUGAUAGAGCCCAAGUUUAUAUUCGAAGCCUUCCUCGAAUGCCAAAGAUCCCUUUUGAGAAUUUGUAUCCCAGAGCAAAUCCUAUGGCUAUUGAUCUCUUGAACAAGUUGUUGGAAUUUGACCCUUCAAAGCGCAUCACUGUUGAAGAAGCACUUGCUCAUCCUUAUCUCAGUGCAUAUCAUGAUGAAGAUGAUGAGCCUACACAUUCUCAGACGUUUGAUUUUUCAUUUGAAGUUGUUGACUCGGUUGAUGAAAUGCGUCGUAUGAUUGCACAAGAAGUUAUGUCAUUCAAGGCAAACAAACAAGAUUCUCAACGUCCUACAGCCAAUAGUGGCACAAACUUGAAAAGACGCGAAAGUUUGUCUGCUCAAGACCGCGAAACAUUGGCAGCAGCUCAAGCAGCUCCAGCAGGUACAGCUGAUUCUGGAUUAGCUGGCAUAGGAUCCGUUGCUGAAGCAGCUGUUCAUCCACCAACAAACCGUGAUAUGCAAGUAGAUGAUUUGGAAAGAGAAUUAAGUGGUGCUGUUUGAUCUCUAUUGUAUAAUAUACCUAAUAAACAAAAUCCUUAUCUGUUUCAAGAUA